AUGUCGAUGGCUAGACAGGCGGCUUUGGCAGCCAGUGGUCAAUCGGACCAUUUGGAGCGAGUCGUACAAUCUGUUACGGAUGCUACAAAACGUCUUUCGCAAAUUUCCAGUAGCACAACAAACACCACAACAAACUCGUCGAAACGGCGAUCCAGAGAUACAAUCGGGCCCUGGAAGUUGGGCAAGACGUUGGGUAAAGGGUCGUCUGGUCGGGUACGUUUAGCGAAAAAUAUGGAGACUGGGAAACUCGCCGCAGUGAAAAUCGUGCCCAAAACGAAAUCUGCGCGUCCCAAUACGUUACCUUACGGCAUUGAGCGUGAAAUCAUCAUUAUGAAACUUAUUUCGCAUUCGAAUGUGAUGGGAUUGUACGAAGUAUGGGAAAAUCGGUUUGAGUUGUUUUUGGUGCUGGAAUACGUUGACGGAGGUGAAUUGUUUGAUUAUCUUGUUUCGCGUGGCAGACUACCCGAACGCGAAGCAAUUCAUUACUUUCGACAAAUUAUCGAGGGUAUGGCGUUCUGUCACAGUUUUAACAUCUGUCAUCGAGACUUGAAGCCUGAAAACUUGUUGUUGGAUAAGAAAAAUGGGCACAUCAAAAUCGCAGAUUUCGGUAUGGCUGCACUUCAAACUUCCAAUAAGCUCUUAGAGACUUCGUGUGGGUCGCCGCACUACGCUUCUCCCGAGAUUGUCAUGGGCAAGACGUAUCACGGUGGGCCCAGCGACGUUUGGUCAUGCGGAAUUGUUCUUUUCGCUUUGUUAACGGGGCAUUUACCAUUCAACGACGACAAUAUAAAACGGUUGUUGUUGAAAGUUCAGUCUGGUAGGUACAAAAUGCCCCAAAAUAUAUCACCAGAAGCGAAAAACUUGAUUUCACGGAUAUUGAUUGUCGAUCCAAUAAAGCGAAUUACAGUGGAUCAAAUUUUAGCGCAUCCUUUGCUCACCAAAUAUGGUAGCAAAACGAAACCCGAGUCCAGCAAAUCUAAGAACAAUAGACCCUCAAACAUUUCACUUACGAAAAAAGAGGAUAUAGACGAUACAAUUUUACAAAAUUUGCAAAUACUGUGGCAUGGUGCAUCAAAGGACCACAUCGUGAGUCAACUACUCAAAGAAGAAUUGACAGACGAGAAAAUGUUCUAUUCUUUACUGAUUGAGUAUCAACAACGACAGAAAAAACAAAAGAAUUCUAACAAUUUGCCCACCGAUGCGCCCAAAUUAUUGCAAAAGUCACAAUUCAGUGUUCCCUCUAUCAAAUCUCAACAUUCUCCUAGAAAAGAGCAUGUAGCUUCCUCUUCUCGACUGUUCAGUUCCAGCUCCAGGCAAUUGAGCCAUAAAAGAAUGAUCAAGAAGAAUAUGCGUGCGUCUCCCUCGAGCAGGUCCGUGACCUCUAUGAAAUCUUCUGCGUCCAAAAAAUCGCUGAAGUCCUCUUCGUCUAAACGAUCCAUCAAAUCUUCAACUGCUCACAAAACAGGUCUAACAAACCACGAUGGAUCUGCUCUCCAACCUUCAGAAACUUCUUUUUACUCUUUGAAAUCCAUUUCCAAAAGAUCUGUCAAUCUGAAAGAUUAUCUCCACGAGGACGGUCAAAACAGUAGCGUGCCACAGCGUUCUGAAUUUGAAGUUUUAUGUGAUGAACUUCUAUUUGGAGGUGGUCUAGAUGGGAUCAAAGAGGAAGAAGACGAAGAAGUUCUACAUGAUUUGUUACAGGAGCAAACGCUUCAAUCAGCAGCUGCUGCCAAAGAGAAUGUCAAACCCGAGAUCAAAAAGGAGGAAAAGCCUGUUUCAAGUAAGAUUGCCCCUCUCCAACCUGCAUCUCCAAAGGUGGAGAUGAGACAGCGCAACCAACCAAUACGCAUAACGUCUGAACCCUUCGCGAAGAUGUCGCCGGAUGCAAGAUCUUCGCUAGAUCCAAGGAGGAACGUUUCGCAACCCAAUUCUCUCGAAAUGCUCUUGAGCAAAUACACUUACAGAGCAUCUUUGAAUUCGGCCACAAACUUGAAAUCGGUCAAGAGUCGUCGCGACUUGCACCAUGAGUUGUCACCUCAGGAUGGAGCCAGAAACCGAGAUUCUCCUGUUAAUGAAACUUCUGCCAACUAUGAUGUGGGCAAUCUCACAAGCAUGUUGGCGCAGUCCAGCACAAUAAAGGGUGCUGAAAUGCAUUCUCGCUCUCAUUCGACUCUUGACUCAAACCAUCCUCAUCGCAAGCCGCUCACAUCGAUGCCAUCGGUAGGUUUCAGUGCCUCUUCCACUUUCAAAAAUUUGAAUCAAUUCAUAAUUGCGGAUUCGUCUCAAGAUAGCUCGGAGGUCAUCAAUAGGAAGCGCGCCGGUAGCGAAAGGCAAACUUUGGCGCCCGGACCUCGGGGUGUCGUUUCGAGGAAAGUUAGUCAAGCCAGCAGUGGUGGAGGUCACUCUGAAGAAUUCUCGGAUAUGACAUAUGCAAUGGAAAUUCCAACACAAAUCUUGACCGCGCAGGCCGUACAGAUUUCCAAUGGUAGUUCUGUCGAGCAGCUGGAAUUGCUCAAAAACCGACACUACCAAAAAAAUGCGAAAGAGGACGAGGUCAACAUCUUUGAAGAUGCUCCAGAUGACACUUUUUCUGUGGCGACGAGUUCCUCCGAUAGCGAGUCGCAACCUCAUGUUCAUAGAAAGGCGACUUCCCUUGACUCGCUAAGCAAUAACAACGUGCUUACUAAACCGACAGAUGUGCGUGUUUCUCUCUAUGUGAAUAACGUAGCAUCGACAGUUGGUUUACCGCGGGAGACGACAGAGGAAAUUAUAUCAAAAAUGAAGCUUUCGCCAGAGAAGGUUGGAGCAACUGCGCCAAAGAGAAACUCUCAGGCGCAUAGCGCCGUUACCAUUUCGAAGAGUAUGGUUUCGAUGUUUAAAGAUUUCGAAGAUACGAAAUACGGCAAAGAUGAUUCCGUGGACGAUAGCCUGGAGCUCAAGUAUCCCGAGGGCGGUGCCGAGAAGGAGAAUCGGGUCACCAUGCUCUUUGAUGAUGAAGCUGGCAACGUUUUCAAAGCUUCGCCUACCAAACCGAAUAAAACAAGUCAACCUUCCGCGGUAGAACCGAUCCGAAGCGAUGCGAGCGAGAACCUAGGAUUCAAGAAAAAUAGGCUUUCGACAGUCGUCGAAUGCGAAAAACAAGAGUCGCACGCACCGGUUCCAGUUUUGCAGCGGCCUGCUCCUCCCGCGCCAAGUUCCCAGAAACCAAGUUGGUUUAGAAAACUGUUCGAUAAGGUGGUGCAUGCGCAGAACAGAGACAUACUGCAGCAAGAGCAUCUCACCAAGUCCAAGUUCGAAGACGUACAGAUCGUGAUGCUACGUGAGUUCUAUAAGUUUAAAAUUGACUUCAAGCUCAAGCGGUUGGACAAGAAGAACGGGGUAAGCAGCGCCGUUUACAAUUGCGAGUUCGAACAGGGACAUUUCAAGUUCAAGAUCAACAUGAGGGGCAAUUCUGCGGGUACAGAGGUGGUCGUGAAAAAGAAGGGGCUGCAAAACCGGGAGCCGUUUACGCGAUUUAACUCGGACAUUGCGCGGGUCCUUCGCGAAGAACUGUCGUCGUGA